AUGGCAGAUUUCAACCUCAGUGACUUGGACCAUUCAUCAUUCAUCCUAGCGGGAAUCCCUGGCCUGGAAGCUGCUCACCUCUGGAUUUCCAUCCCUUUUUCUACGUUCUACAUUAUUGGCCUGUUUGGAAAUUUCAUGGUUCUGUUUGUUGUAGGCAAAGAGCAGACCCUACAUGAACCAAUGUACCUGCUGCUUUGCAUGCUGGCGCUCACAGAAAUUUUUGCAUCUACUUCCAUUGUGCCAAAGGCACUGUGUAUAUUUUGGUUCAAUUUGAAAGGAAUUACUUUAGGUGGCUGCCUCACCCAGAUGUUCCUCCUUCAUGCGGGUUCUGUGACACAUUCAGCCGUCCUCGUGACAAUGGCCUUCGAUCGCUAUGUUGCCAUAUGUAACCCUCUGAGAUACGCCACCAUCCUCACCAACGCACGAGUAGCUAAGCUAGGGCUACUGUGUUUGAUGAGAGCUGUUCUCUUUGUUCUGCCCCUGCCCCUGCUCCUGAGCAGGCACCCAUUCUGUGCCAACCGCAUUAUCCCCCACACGUACUGCGACCACAUGGCUGUGGCAAAGAUGUCAUGUGGGGAUAUCACAGUGAACAGGAUGUAUGGCUUAGUGAUAGUAUUUAUAGUCCUUGGGUUUGACCUGACAUUUAUUGCCCUGUCCUAUGGUCUGAUCAUCAGGGCCAUCCUCAGAAUACCCUCCAAGGAAGCCCACCAGAAAGCCCUCAACACCUGCACAGCGCACAUCUGUGUGAUGCUGAUGGCUUAUCCUAUCUUCCUUUUCUCCACUCUGACAUACCGAUUCGGUCAGGGCAUUGCUCCCUAUGUACACAUCAUCUUGGCCAAUCUGUAUUACCUCCUCCUUCCUAUGCUCAACCCUAUUGUUUAUGGUGUCAAAACCAAAGAGCUUCGUGACAAAAUGCGCAAAUACAUCUGCGGAAUGUGAUCACCUAGGGCCACUGAUUCCAAACCUCUGUGACAAGAGGGAUAAAGGAGAUCUCCUCAUUAAUCAAUGGUGCUCUGUCCAAGUUUGGUUGAGCUCACCAUUGUGUAAGUUCACAGUCUUAAAAGCUCCUCACACCUAACAUCUUAUCACUCUAUCACCAAGCACUGCUCUCUCUGUUGCUAAGUUCCCUCUCUCUGACCAUCACCUGAUCUCUUUCAGUGUCAUCCAUCAGCCCCCACCUCCACACACCCUGUCACUUCACCUUUCUUUGACUUCCAGACCACCAGAAGAUACUGCAGCUUUCUGAAGCAAGGAG